UUGGUGCUUCAAUAGUACUUCACCCUCGCACAUCUGAUCAUCAUGUCGCUUCACUCUUAUAUCAACAAGAAAGUAUGCAUCCUGACGGUUGACGGCCGCACACUGCUGGGAACAUUACUCUCCACCGACCAGCUAACGAACCUGGUUCUCCUGGAUACGAUCGAGCGAAUCAUCCGGACCCCCGAUGACCCGGAACCCAGCUCCCAGAUUGAGCAUGGGCUGUAUUUGAUCCGAGGCGACAACGUCGUAUUAUGCGGAGAGGUUGACGAAGCCAUUGACAACGAUAUCGAUUGGACGAAGGUCAGGGGAGAAGUAGUCAAAGGCACCAAGAACGCAUGAAACAGCGGGGAAGUGAUGUUUCGAUGAUUAUCUACAUGACAAGGGGUAUUUUUUUUUCUUUGCAGCAAGAAGAAAAGAAGAAAGGAUGAGCGUAUUAAGUGUAUGAUGGGAAAGUGGACAAGAGUUUCAGCGUAACAUUGGUGGCUAGUGCGUAUAUGGGUCAGGCGGACCCCCCUCCUUCUCUUUGUGGUGGUCUUUUCGUUCGUCGAUUA